UAAAACAGUCUUUUUCUACCUAGUCCCAUCUACAUACACAGUCUCCUCUUCACGUGAAACGCUGCAAUGGAACAUAAGCAUCAUUCGGCAACAUCUUCUUAUAAAUGGCACCCAAUCCUCUUCACACAAACACAAACCACGAAAAAGAACAUUGGAUGAAGAUGUUUCUGCCUAUACUCUUCCUCUGUUCUGUCUUCUUCUCCUCCUCCUAUGCCGCAGUGCAGGACUUCUGUGUUGCAGACUUGUCUGCUCCCUUUGGUCCUGCAGGCUACUCCUGCAAGAAGCCAGCAACGGUCACGGUGAAUGAUUUCGUCUUCUCCGGCCUUGGUGCUUCUGGUAACACCUCAAACCUCAUAAAAGCAGCUGUGACACCAGCUUUUGAUGCUCAAUUCCCCGGUGUCAAUGGGCUAGGCGUCUCCCUGGCUCGUAUUGACUUAGCCAAAGGAGGGGUUAUUCCUAUGCACACACACCCUGGAGCUUCGGAAGUUCUCAUUGUAAUCGAAGGCUCCAUAUGUGCGGGAUUCAUAGACUCGGCUAACAAAGUGUACUUCAGGUCUCUUGCCAAGGGAGAUAUCAUGGUUUUCCCUCAGGGGUUGCUGCAUUUCCAAGUGAAUGCAGGGAAAUCUCCAGCAUUGGCGUUUGCGAGCUUCAGCAGCGCGAACCCGGGUUUGCAGAUUCUGGACUUUGCUUUGUUUGCAAAUAAUUUGCCUUCUGAAUUGAUAGAGAAGACUACUUUCCUUGAUGAUGCUCAGGUUAAGAAGCUCAAGAAAGUUCUUGGGGGAACUGGUUAAGGUCUCUGAAGGUGGAGACUCUUGAAUUCUUCUUUGGUUUUGUCAUGGUUAAAGGGUCAAGGAAGUAGGUUCUUUUACCGAAUGAAUAAUCAAGUUGAGUCUUCAGGUUCAAAAUUCAGUUGUGUAUUCUUGUUGGGUGCAUUCUUGGCAUUAUAUCUGUAUGCAUUUCUCCUAUGUCAGUUUGUGUGUCUAGUGUUAAAAUGAUUAGAUUCAUGUUUGUUCAUCUGUUUUUUUGCCUUUUUUUUUCAUCCUUUUUUCUUCAAGGGGAAAUGAAUUAUGAUAUAUCCC